AUGCCACAGAAGAAUGCGUGGGGGGCCAUAAGCUGCUGCCCCAACCCUGAUGGGCACACGCCCCUCCCCCAGAUCAUAGCCUUUGACGAGCUGCGGACCGACUUCAAGAACCCCAUCGACCAGGGGAACCCAGCGCGGGCACGCGAGCGUUUAAAAAACAUCGAACGCAUCUGCUGCCUCCUGAGGAAGCUGGUGGUCCCAGAAUACUCCAUCCACGGCCUCUUCUGUCUGAUGUUUCUGUGUGCAGCAGAGUGGGUGACCCUGGGCCUCAACAUCCCCCUCCUCUUCUACCACCUCUGGAGGUACUUCCACCGUCCUGCGGAUGGCUCUGAGGUCAUGUAUGACGCGGUCUCCAUCAUGAAUGCUGACAUCCUCAACUACUGCCAGAAGGAGUCCUGGUGCAAACUUGCCUUCUACCUGCUCUCCUUCUUCUAUUACCUGUACAGUAUGGUUUAUACGCUGGUGAGUUUCUAAGGGGGAAGCCGGCCAGGGAGCGAGCCCAGAACGGACCGGACGCCUGUGCACCCCCAGCCCUGCCCCUGGGCCGCAGAGGCCUCAGCCCCGGGGAGGGAGGGGGCACUGGUGCCCCCAGCCUCCUCUCCCCCACCCCAAACUGCUGCUGCGGGGACUUCCCGCCUUCAGAGCCCCCUCCCCUUGGACUAGGGCUGGGCAGAGCUCUAAAUAGGGGCAGGAGCUCCUCUGCCAGCCUGUGGGCAUGGCAGUCAGUCCUGGAAGGGGCGGGACCUCCGGCCUUGUCCACUUCAGAGGGCAUUUAGGCCCUGCCACGGGGCAGGGCUUGACCCUGGAAGUUCUAGGCCGCCCCCCCCCACCCCCCCACCCUGGGGCUCCCCCUGCAGGUGGGGCAGUACCCACACCGGGAAUGAGCAGGCUCAGCAGGGGGGCAGCCCCACCCCUAGUCUGCCCUCUCCCC